UUCACCCUUCUUUACUCCACUUCUGGAAGCCACAUCACUUUCACAAUGAAGGUUUUGAAGUCCAUGACUUUAACGUAUGUUCUCACACUCUUACUGGCUGCAUUUGUCACGCAAACCUGGAGUGCACCAAAGGCUUCUUUCCAAAGGAGAAACUGGAGCCCGCAGGCUAUGCUGUACCUCAAAGGCACUCAAGGACGCAGGUUCAUCUCAGAGGACCGAAAAGAGGGUGAUGUGUAUGACACAUUACACUUAGAGACCCGUAGCCAGAACACAGAGAAGCUGAGCGUUGAUCAAGCAGCCACUCUUUUACUCAACUUUUUGCAGCAAGCCAGGGAUGGCGCGGAUGAAAACCCAGAUGAGAUGUACUUCCAGGAGAUGCCGGUGUGGAAGAGAGAAUACUUCUAAGUACUCCUUUAAAAUAUGAUGGAGAAGAAAAUAUGUUUUUGUACAUUAUGUAGAUGAUACAAGUAUAUUUCAAAUGUGAUGUUUUAAUAAACGAUAAAUAAAAUCACAUUAUCUCAAGUUGGACUGCUCUUCACACUCCCAGCAAGGGAUACCUGCACAAUAUAAUACUAAUAAUACAAUAAA